CCGAGCAACAAGGCUGAGCUCCUACCCCAUCCACCCUCCGUGACACUCACCCAGAUACAGGGAUACAGGCAGCGCGCUCUGCACGGUGAGCACGAUACAGAAAAAUGACGCAAACUCUUUGGACCUGUUUUCUUCUUAUUUUCCUUAUUCUCACGCUGACUGAGGCAUCUAAGAAAGGGAAGAAAGGUGGCAGUUGGAACUCAAACAGGAACCCCAACCAACCUGGUGGAUCCUGGAGUGGCUGGAAUCAGGGAAAUACCGGACAAAACUGGGGACAGAAUUACUAUCCCGGUGGUGGAAACAGUUACAAUAACAAGCAAUGGAAACCUCCAAAGUCCAAAACAAACAUGAAGAUGGUUGCAGCAGGGGCCGCGGCUGGAGCCCUUGGGGGUUUCAUGCUUGGAAAUGCUAUUGGAAAUAUGAGGUAUAACUUUGACAAUGAUAUGGAGAGUCGUUACUACAACAACUACCGAAACCAGAUGCCUAACCAAGUCUAUCGGCCCAUGUAUGGGGAGAACAUGCAUGUGUCACAGGACAGGUUUGUCUCUGACUGCUUCAACAUGACGGUUACUGAGUACGUUAUAAAGGAAGAUGAUGGGAAGAAUGCCUCAGAGAUUACCCAAUUGGACAGAAGUGUCAAGACAAAAAUUAUAAGAGAGUUAUGUGUGCACGAGUAUCAAAGGGGAUCUGGGUUGAGGGUGCUUUACAGUCCAAUAUUAAGCCUCUUUGUGGUUCUCUUUGUUUACUUUGUAGUCCAGUGAUGAGAAGAAAUGAUUUAAAAAAUAAAAUAAUUUGUGUAUUCACACUCCUAAAUAUAAACAGAUUCUAAAAUGUCCCAUACCAGAGCAUAAAUCAAUAUCUUAUUCCCUAUGUAAAAACUGCUUCUGGGAUCCUGUUUAGAUCUCCGUGAUGUUCUGUAAGAAUGUAUCCAUCACGUGUGUCGCAAAAAUGCAAGCUGCCCUAACCUACAUUUCACUUAGGUACAGACUGGUAUUACUUCUCUAGUUCGAAUUAUUAUUGUGGUGGUACCAUUUUUUUUAUUAUUAUUAUUAAUUUAGUUUCUAUUAUUCAAAUAUGUCCAAACCACCUUGCAAUUGCUUUGCUUGCAUAAAUAUGUGCAGAUUUCCACACUUGAGGAGCAUGUCACAUUUAUUUCAAUUAUUUUAGUUUUUUUGAGUAUUUUUUUUUUUUUUUUUUACCAGAAAUAAAUAAAGGUGGUUCUAAGUAUGAUAAAAAUAUAUUGUAAUUACCUAUACAUUUCCAUUUCACUAUUGUGUGUAGAAAAUGCACUUUUUAAAUGGGGUGUUCUAAUUCGGAAAAUAUUUAUGGAAUCUAAAAUGAAACUUUUGACAUCGAUUUUUUUGUAUUUUUUUUUUCCUUAUGAACAGUUGUUGAAUUCAUAAGAUGAACAGUUGUUGAAUUCAUUUUUUUACCACUUGGAAAAUUAAUCCCAUUAACUAUUAACGGAAAGUGUUCAAUAGUUCUAAGUAGAGGGAAUGGGCUACAUUCUGUAAGAGUCAACAAAAUGGUAAUUUUGUAUAACACUAUAUAUACAUUAUUUCUCCAGAAUUUAAGUGAACCUGGUAUACACAACAUUUACAUUUUAUGUACAACACGUUGAUAUAAUCCAUUGUGAUACGUAUGUAAAUAGAUUACAUUCUCUUGUCAAUCAGACUUUGCUGGUUUAAGAGAUUACAGAUAUACCGUAUGUUAAGUGAUGAUUUCCUAUAAAUGAAAGGGUCAGUUAAUGCAGUUUCUCAUCCAUAUACAUGUAUCCCAUGGGGUACCUCUGGAGGAGCCAAGGAGUGUCUCAGUACAGGUGUAAUUUCAAUUUGUAAUUGCAAGGAAGUAAAUUAACGCUUAGGCUUAAAGAUGUUUCUUGCACUUGGCAAGGAAAAAGGUUGUGGACUGCAAUGGGUUUGAAUGUUUCCCAAACCAUGCAAAGAAGGAUGCAUUGUCCCAAUCACCCCACUAGGGUUUAAAUAAUUAUUACCAAUAGGAUGUCUUUAUAUGUUCUGUUGCAAAAAACGCUGAUAUGGAAAAUAUUGGCAUGGAGUAAAAGUGUCUUCAUCGUCAUCCUCUGCAUGCCUCUACAUUGGUACUGAUAGAUAGAGAUAUAUAUAUAUAUAUAUAUAUAUAUAUCUCAAAAUGAAUAGCAUGUUUACAAGCAUUAACACAGUUCAGUUCAUGGGACAUUUCUUCCAUCAUUGAAAUGUUCUCAACACAAUUUUCCUUUUGUUUUUUGGUUUGUUUUAUUGCAAAACAUUAAACUUUUAACAUAUCUGUAAAAAUUCUUGGUUUUUUUGCAGCAAUCCUUACCAAGGCAGAGCCAAUUCUUGUGAUGUUAUGUUAUGAACAAGAACCUAGGGGUGAAAAAACAA